UCACACAUUAAGCUUCUAGCGGUGGACGACACAAGUACGCCGGAGUCCACAGCGCGCGAACGCGUUAAAAAAGUAACGUUCCAAAUUCAAAUAGUGCCUCAGUGACAUUUGUUUUGUUUACAUCAUGGAGGGCUGCGGAAUGAGAUGCAUCAAAUAUCUCCUCGUUGUUUUCAACGGCUUAUUUGUGAUCUUCGGCAUCACAAUAAUUGCAGCGGCAUGUGUCGACAUGGGCAUGAUAAAGGGUUUUGCUGGGAUGGAAGGUGCGUCAGGCCACGAGACGGAUGUGGUCCUCAUAGUGGUGGGAGUACUCAUCAUUGUUGUGGCCGCCUUUGGAUGUUUCGGAGCCUGGAAGGAGAGCCCUAAGCUGUUAUAUAUCUUCGCUGGAUGCCUCAUAAUAAUCAUUCUUCUGGAACUUUCCGUGGGCAUCGCGGCCGCAGCUCUUCGUCCUCAAAUCGAGGGUACAAUGAAAACCCAGCUCAGGGCCUCCUUCAUUAAGAACAAAUCCACUCGCGAAGAAGACUCCACCUACAGGGAGUUCUGGGACCGCAUUCAGAGCAGCUUGGAAUGUUGCGGAGUGACUGGUCCUGAUAACUACGUGGCGUCCGAGCCUCGCCUCAAUCCAUCCUUCAGCUGCUGCCCCCCCGACGGCACAGAUCGUGCUGAUGAGAUCAAACGCUCCGACUGUAUCUCCCUGUCCAAGUACUACCAGAGCGGCUGCGAGGAUAAAGUUCUUAGCACCGUCCACAGCGCUGGAAUGACAGUCAUCGUAUGUGGAAUUCUCUUCUGCUUCUUGGAGGUAACCGGCAUAGUCUUAGCACUGUGGCUGGCCCACACCAUCAAAACACAGGGCAAAGGUCGCGAGACGGCGUAGAUAAUGAAAGCACCGUUUAAAUUAAUUUAUUUUUAACACAAUUACGAUAAAUUUAAUAUUCAACAUGGAUCGCGUUAAUUCAUAUUAUGUCACUGAAUUUUAUAUUGGUGCUGUAAUUUUACGAUGAUUUUGUCGUCGAUAAAUAAAUUGAUGGGAAAAAAAAUAUAAUAUAAAAAACUUUUUCGAUAUGAAAUCGUAUUAAAACCACCGUUAAGAAGUACAAAUAAGGUUUAAGUGAAAUUUAAUUCCAUGCACGAUAUCGAGAUAGUGUUAAGAAUCGACUAGUCAAAAUAUAAUUCUUUGUAUGUCUAUAGAGUAUAGACCACGUGUGUUAAUCAUUAUCACUUAAGACAUAAAGUAUUAAUUUUAGCAAUUAAUUUGUUAUGAAAAUUGCGAGAUUUUUAAGUACCUAUAUUUUUAUUAUAUUAAUUUUAUCAUGUAAAUUGUAAGUCAGACUUCCUUUGGUUGUAUUUUUAUUGAUGUGGAAUAUUAGUGUUGGUAUGUUCUUUAAUAAAAUAUCAGAGUUGC